AUGCGCUCCCUGAAGGUGACUUUUGAGGACCACUCGUCUUUCCCUGCCAUUCCUCUCCAACUCCCUCGGCAAACCGGUUUCUUCCAAACAAUGCCAUCCAACGUCGACGAAAUCAGUAUUCAACCUGGAGCGCUCUACAGGAAUCGCUUAGGGGAUGGUCGGCGCUGUCACACUACCCUAGACAGAGUUCGUCAGUGGGGGCGCGAUCAUGACGAGUUCGAGCCAAUCUAUGCUGAGGCGCGAAGCACUGACGGGAACAUACACUUUUACCUACGACUACUCCCCAACGCGCAACAUGCCACGCAGGACCGCUCACUGCAAUCCUUCGCCAUGUAUGAGAAGGCUGUUUGCGAUGCGGAAUUCCAUGCAAACCAUCUCCGAGCUAUCAGAGGACACAUUAUACCCCGACAUUAUGGGAUGUGGUUCAUGGACACGGGGAGUUGGGCCGGACUGGUGCUAUUCACUAUCGUUCAAUGGUGUGGCGUUCCUUACAGGGACCUGAUUCGACAAAAAGAAGACAGCGAAGAGCUUCGAAUUCUCGUUGGUCGCACUUACGAGCAGCUGCACGACUACGGGGUCGUCCAUGCUCCUGGCGGCGACCCGACCAGGGACCCAUUCGCCAAAGUCAUGUUCGAUGUUGCUAACCGCAAAUCCAAUGGGGGCUUGAGAUGCUACGUUAUAGACUUUUCGGAAGCCCAGGCUGGCCAUUACUGUCAGCGCAAACUCCCGAUCCUCCCGCUCGGGACUUUCAUACCCUCGAGGCAGGUCGGCUGUCGGGAAGUUGGAGGAUUGUUGUGUCUUUUGGAUUUCAGCAAUUACGCGGAACGUGACGAUACUGAGACCCCGGCACAGGAAGCUUUGGAGUGGCACACGCAGUACCACAAUCACCAUCCCGGAGUCGAUAACGCAUUAGCGCUUGUUGCGCAACGGGCUAAAAUGUAUGCCCCUUGGCCUGAGGUAUACAAAGGAAGUUACAAACUGGUCAACCCAGAGAGCGAUUACCCUGAAGUCGUCCCGGUGCCCGAUGGACCUCCGCCAAUCAAACGAAUGCCCAUAAACCCCACAAGAAAGCUCAGCUCGGGCUCUGAUUCGAGUGAUAGCCAAUAA